AUGCAACAUGUAUCACAUUCGCAAUCCAACGAUACAGACUUCAUCUAUGAUCCACGGACACAGCCUUUUGACGACCCAGGUUUGAGAGGCCGCUGUGAACUGACCACGUUCUCUGCCGAGGCCAAAGACCAAGCCGCCUCUCUACUAUCCGCAUAUGGAGAAGAUAAAUCCAACAUUCCCGUGUUCGGUGAAGGGAACUGUCAAUAUUGGGUUGUGGGUGCAACUAUGAUGCUCGAGCGUGCCAGAUUAUUAAAGCCUGGAGAAGGUGACUUUUGGAGAGACAUGAUAAAUCACAGUUCCGAUGAUAUCGAACGAAGCUGUAUCAGAACCAACAGAAAAUGGACCCCCGGGGCAGGAUUGUCGAUUGUUGGAGAGCCAGAUGCGCGGUUCUUUGAUGCGAAAGCAUCUGCAGCGAAGCCUAUUGGGAAGUUGGAGCAUAAUGCGACGUUUCAAGCUCGGAUGCAGUCGCUUUUGGCAAUCCUUGAGUACCUAGGUACCUAG